AUGUUCUCCCGCAACAGGGACAUGACGCACAUGUCGUCCCUCUCGGGGCUCCGGACGCGCUUCAAGAACAGCAUGUCGUCCUCGUCGUCCUCGGCCAAGAUCCGUAGCUCCGAGGGCUGCUGGACCUGCCGCCUGCGCCGCAAGAAGUGCGACGAGGCCCGCCCCGUUUGCGACGGCUGCGCCCAGCUCGAGAUCACCUGCUACUACAGCGACGUCAAGCCCGACUGGAUGGACGGCGCCGAACGCCAGAAGGAGAUGGCCGACAACCUAAAGAAGCAGGUCAAGAUCCAGGCCAACAACCGCCGCGAGCGCAAGUACCUGCAGAGCCUCGACGUCGAUCCCAGCGCCGGCCACACCCCCGGCGACGACGACCACAACCACCACGCGCAUCAACAUCACCACCACGACAUCCCCCCCGUUCCCGCCCUAAGCAUCGAUGGCGGUUCCUCCAAGGCCACCGAUUCCAACAGCCCGUCGACCGUCAACGACACGCCGGGCGACUCGUCGAGCCCGCUCUAUCAGAUGAGCUCCAUCAAGUCGUCAAUCCACGACAUGGCCGUGCCCGGCGGCAGCGCCUCGCCGCCCAACCAGAUGAUGCGCCAGCCCACGCCGGAAUGGUCCGCUCACCCGAGCUCAUCCACCAGCAGUCCUCCGGCCGUCGCCCACACCCCGGCCUCGGCCCCGGCUCCGGCCCCGACUCCCCUCCCGGCGUCCCACCCCUCCGUCCCCGUCACCGCCGAUCAGACGGCGUCGGUGCCCCCCUUCGCCGACGACUCCAACCUCAGCUUCAUCAUGAUCUACCUCGACUACGUCUUCCCCUUCCUCUUCCCCUUCUACAAGCCCGCCCUGCUCGAGGGCGGCCGCGGCUGGCUCCUCAACGUCCUCAACCACAACAAGGCCCUCUACCACACCGCCCUCAGCCUCUCGUCCCACUUCUUCGGCGUCGUCCUCACCGGCGCCCAGGUCGAGCACGCCCCCUGCCGCAUGAAGUCCGUCUCCAGCCUGCAGCACCAGCUCGACCUCGCCCUGCGCGAGCUCCGCGCCGACAUGGCCCGCAUCAACGAGGGCGGCGUCGAGGACCAGCUCCGCCAGGGCUGCCGCGUCCUCGAGAGCAUCGUCCAGCUGCUCAUCUUCGACGUCACCCUUGCCACCAACGACCACUGGCACAUGCACCUCGACGCCGCCACCGUCGUCUUCCAGCAGAUCCUGCCACGGCCCGACCUCUGGGACCCCACCAUGCAGCACAUGGCCAUCCCCUUACUCGCCGACGUCCACUUCCCCCCGGGCUCCCACAAGCCCUGGAGCUCCGACCAGGCCGCCCUGCGCUUCUUCACUGCCUCGCUCCUCUACUUUGACAUCAUCUCCGCCACCGCCCUCGAGCGCGCCCCCGCCCUGCAGCCCUACCACCACCACCUCCUAGCCCCGCGCCGCGAAGCGUGCCACGAGCUCGAGCCGCGCCUGCGCCUCGAGGAGUACUUUGGCUGCCAGAGCUGGAACGUCUGGGCGCGCCGGGACUCCAUCGACGAGAGCUGGGACCUGGCCGCCUGCUUCAAGAUUAUGGGGCACGCCGUGCUUCUGACCUGA